AACCACCCUCCUCACGAUUUUAUGAUCUCGUAAUAAUAAAUAAUAAUCUGUGCGUUAAAGUUAAGCCUGGUUUUUUGUUUUUUCUCUUUGGUAAAGCGGAGAGCCAGUAAAAAAAUAAUUCAUCAAUGUUUCAGUUCUCAAAGAAAUUCAUUAGUUGAUUAAAUUUAUAUAAAAAGCUAUUUGUUUCUUUUUUAGCUCUGUUUCAUUUCAUAAAUGCUGAUAUUAAAAUGUCUCUCAGUCCCAACUCAAAACUGGUACAGCGCACGAUAGAGUUGAAUUAUACAAAUAAAAAACGUUCUACAUCAGUCAAAUGGAUCGUCGUGAAUGCAGUCUUCUUGCUCAUUUUUGUUUACGAUUUGUCAUGUAAGUGCCCGGGCUACACUUCUCUCCUGCACUACGUGGAGCUGGUGUGUGCAGGCGUGUUGGCAGCCAACUUGCUGCAGUAUGCAGUGCGGCUGGCUCCCAGUGGAGCCCCCAAGCUGCCUCUGUCCCCGGAGCAACAGAAGCUACUUGGUCUUUCCAACACUGACCUUGACUCGUCGUUCGUGCUGACGGAGCGCGCGGGCCUAUCCCGCAGCGCCGACGACGACGGCUCGGCCGACGAGCUGGCGCUGUGGCCGCGCCGCGCCGCCGCGCCGGGCCGCCCGUCGCAGUCGCCGCCGCCGCCCUACACGCCGCGCCGCGCCUCGCAGUCGCCGCCGCCCGCCACCGACGCGGACGCGCUCACGGAGUACCUCGAACGCUGCGCAGCGGGCGGCGGGCCGGCGCCCGUGUACCAGCUGGCGCCCGCGUACCGGCCCGAGACGGCGUUCCCGCCCGCGGCGGCGGACAGCGGUUCGUGCACGAGCGCGCGCGCGGACGGCGCGGCGGCGCGCCCGGCGCUGGACGGCGCGCGCCUGGCGCAGUGCACGCUCAACCUGCGCGUGUGGCUGCAGCUCACGCUGCUGGCGCCGCUGGCCCGCGAGCUGCGCGCCGCCGACGCCGCGCUGGCGCGCCUCGCGCUGUGCGAGCCGGGCGCGCUGCUGGCGGGCCGCGUGCCGGCGCCGCGCCUGCGCGCGCUGCUGCGCGAGCCGGCGCUGGCCGGGCUGCGGCCCUACGCGGAGCGCGCGGCCGAGCCGGCGGCGCUGCGGCGCGUGGCGGAGCUGGCGCGCGGCGGCUGCCUCAGCGCCUACCGCUGGGCCGACGACGCCGAGCUGCUGCUGGCGCUGCUGGCCGCCUACCUGGACGCGCAGCUGGCGGGCGCGCGCGCCUUCAGCGACCGCUACCUGGCCGACGCCGCCGCGCCCGCGCGCCGCCUGGCGCUGCUGCGCGUGCGCGCGCGCCCGCCGCACUUCGCGCUGGCCUGGCGCGGCGCGCUGCUGCCCGUGCCGCCCGGCCGCGACAACCUGCUGCACGCGCUGCUGCUGCUGCUGGCGGCCGCGGCGCGCGAGAGCCCGCCGGCGCUGGGCCGCGCGCACCUCGGCCCCGCCGGCCUCAACAUGCUGUGGAUCAUCGGCCGCUGAGCGCGCCGGCCGCCCCCGCUCGCGAACGCUCCGCCGCAAUGUUUGAACACGACGAGCCCCGGCCUAGGAUAGACCGACGAACGGGGAUAAAGACUCAAAAUCGUAUUAUUAAGUUGUUUUGCAUGCAGAAGAUUAAAAAAAUUAAAAAAA